ACCAUCUUGGACCUCGUAAGUAAACCCCCUGCUCCUUGACCCCGGAAGGCCAGCGGCCAGGUCCCGUCACAUCGAUGGGCCGCCACACCUGCUCAGUCCUUUCAUCCCCUCUCUGGCUCUAUCUUGACGGCGGCAGCAGGCGUGUAAGGCGCGUGAGGCAACGGUGAGUGAGAUUCGCCUUCAGGUUGCCCGCCCUACCGAUCGUGACUAGGCGGUACUGCUUCUGAUAUCGUGAGGCGGCGUCCUGCCAGCUAUUGGAGAAGCACUCUCUUUCCCUUGUGUUAAGGGCUCUAAGCUCGUCAGGUUCCAAGUGGGGAGGCCUGCAAUCCAACCAUUGACCUUAAUGUUUCUAACAGCUCCUAGACAUCUCUUUAGUUAAAAGUCCAAACUGCUUCUAGAGAGGCAGAGAGUAGCACCUGGACAACGUCCCUUUUAAUGCAGGUACUCUCCCCAGACUUAUCUCACGCCAUGACCUUCCGGUCUUCUUGACUUUGCUUCAACACCCCUCCGCUGGUCCCUCGGUUGAACUGUUUCCUCUUCGCUUCUUGUUGUCUCCUCUCGCCCCCGCUAUCCCGGCGGUUCACACUCGAAAAACCCACUCUCGGUAGGCGUGGUUCUUUGCCUUGAAGCGAACCACUCUACUGGUAUCUCAUCAAUAGGCUCUCAGUUCGACGCGCCGCAACGGUUGUGCGUCGCCCCUGGGGCCCGGCGGCUUUGAUCAUCAAACGUCUGGCAUCGCUGCUUGUUACCGCUGCCCGCUGCCGCUGCCGCUGGCUUUCUGUGGUGUUCUGAUCCGGCCGACUCCGAAACUGUCGUACUGUAAGGUCUUGUUCUCUCAUCUCUCCCAUUAAUUAUAGCACGGCCCAUCGGACUUGUCCCCGGCGUUCCCUACACCGAGCCGUCCAAAUGGAGAGUUCACCAGAAUCAGUUCGUCCGGUGAAGCGCGUCAAAUACGCGCGACAAGACGAUACGAUCCCCCUGAAUAUAGCCACAUCCAGCAUCAGGGCCUCCGACAGCGUUGACGGAUCCCUGGUUACUGAUGCCCCUUUAUUCGAAAAUACAUGGCCCACGACAACGGGAGUAUCGUCUCCCUCAGAGGUCCUAUUCGACCUCCCAGAAGACCUUGGCAAUUCGUGGGCCCCAGCUUUUACAGCACCCCAGCCUGCGUUGAAUCUUCAGGUAGUCACAGCACCUCAGCCUGAACCUCAACCUCAACCUCAACCUCAACCUCAACCUCAACCUCAACCUCAACCUCAACCUGAACCACCUCGCUCUCAGGUACAGCGACUGCCUCGCCUCUUGCCUGCGGUGCCCGAUGCUCUUCCAGAGCGGGCUGUCGAAUUGCAAGACUCGAAGAAAAGAGGCCUGGCACCAGUAGAAGGGAUCGUUGUGAGUCCGUUCACCGCGAAUGAGGACCGACUGAUUGUGUCUGCCUAUCCUCGCUAUGCUCGCCCCGAGAAUGGACAGGUGAAUGGGUAUGUUAAAUUCAACUGGCCUUCGCGAGCUCCAUCGAGACGGCCGUCUGGCCCUGUGCCACUCCCAUCAGAGGAUGACGUUGAGGACAUAACGCCCAACGUAACGCGAUCACACACUGCCGGUCGCCCUCCAACUAUAAUAACUCUGGUUAAUCCUGGGCCUGCCGUGUCUUCCGCGCCAAAUGGGACUAUUUCGCCCAUGGACCUAGAGGGAGGAUGGGGAAAUACUUCAUCGCCGAUAUUGAUGGCAGGUUCUCCGAUUUCCUUUCAAGACACUUCACAAAUCCUGAUAGCUGGUGACCCGAAAAUGCUGCCUCCUCAGUUCGGAUUCCAAGCAAAAAUGGAUCAUAUUGACAGACGAUUGUUUGAGUUCUAUAUCAAGAACUGGUGCCCGGGAAGGAGUGUGCUUAGCAACACAAACCUAUGGUUAAAGGAUCUAGCGCCGAUGCAUAAGAACGAAGGUAUUCUCCACGCCAUCCAGAGUCUUGCCGGGGUAUAUAUCUAUGAUUAUAUCCCUGAUGAGCGCAUCCGACAACGGAUCAAUCAGCGAUAUAUCACGGCAGAUCAAUAUUUCAGCACACUCCUCAAUGCACCCGAAAGCAGGGAAAAUGGUAAAGGGCAGGAGGUCAUUACCAUGGCCGUGCUUCUUUCAAUGCAAGAUAUUGUCCUCACGGAACGACGACUCAAGAAGCCAUACAAUCCGCGAUGGCUGGAAGGAUUCAGGCAAGGCGAAUACUUUCUGCAGGCAACUGACCCUGGCGCCCGCUACUGGAAAAACAAUAACGUCCAGUACAACGAACUCCGCAUCUCUCAAUCGAUUAUCGUUGGGCGGGCAGUGAUUCUCGCUCAACCUAUGAUGGCGCUUCCAUCACCGCAGACUUUUAACCCCGAGGCUGAAGCAGGCAGGUUCAGCUGGCUUCUCUAUGGAACAGAGAAGGAUAUGUUCGAAAUCCAUGGAGGAUGUGGCUUUUCGAAGAAACUGUUGCAUCUUAUGAGCCAAGUAACGUAUUGUGCAGGUCGAUUGCAGCAAGAGCCCGAAUCUACCAUCGUGCCAAUCACGGCGAAAUUCCUUUUGCGCGAACUAUCAGAAAUGCGCCAAUGGAGCCGUGAGGGCAAAGACUGGGAGCUGGCUCGAAAAUACCCUCCAACGAUAGACUGGGUGCGCGACAAAGCAGACGAAGUGAUAAUCGAUUCGAACCAAAUCAUGACCGAGGUUACAGCUGAGGCAUGGAGGAUCGCCGCAAUUAUUUAUUAUCAAUGUCGUCUUCUGAGGUACGAAUAUGCGAUGAAGGGGAAGAGAGGGUCCUCUGAGGGAGAGAAGGGGACAAACUGAAGGAAGUUGGGGAUCCAUUGGGAUAAUGGGCGUUGAUUUUGCAACAGCUCAACUCACUCCUUCCCCCUCUGCCGGCUCAACACUGACGAACCUGACUGCCUGCUUUCCCUGCCUCACCCUCUUACCUACCUGAGCUUGUGUUAACAAUAGUCGUGGCAAGAGCGCUCGCUGACUGAACCAUCUAUUAGGCUACCUCGAAAUCACCCGGAAGUUCUUGCCAAUCUAGAUGAUCUUGCCCGUUGCAUACGAAUUAUGCCUACAUCGGGGUCUCACUUUACAGCUCAAGCACCCCUAUUACCAGUGUUUUUCCUGGGGUUACUCGCUACUAAACCUGUACACAAGGAUGUUUCAAUGGAUUGGUUCGAACAAGUGGUUCAAACGCCAGUUCGCAGUAGCGUCCCCCCCUUGUACGAGGCGCUUUUGCGCAUCUGGGGAUGGAUUGACAAAGAAGUACAAAUCCCACGAGAUCCAACUGCUCUCUCCAAAGAUAUCGGUAAGAGGUACCCUUGGUGGGAACACCUUGUUGCAAAGGUCCUCGAAGCAGAAGAGGAAACCUUGUGCCUGACCUGACGAAACACAACGAACAAAACUUUGAUCUGUCCAUCCAUUUUGGGAUUACAUUACCUUCCCUUACUCGUAAAAAGGUACUGUCCGCAGAUAUUCUCAGCAAUAGUUGCCCGCCUUUUGGUGAAAAUUCUUUUAGGAAUUAGAAGUGAUGGGUAGCGGCCAGCCGCGGAGCCAGCCAGAUUAGUAACUGACUCCCGAGACGGCACUGUCGGCGUCGUCUCGCUGGUCCUUGCUGUCCUUGCGGCGAACGAGAUAUUGUCCUGAAAACAAGUCAGCAUGAAAUACGUAAAAGAAGAAAAAGACAGAAGAGAGAGUGAGCUAAAGAAAAAAAAGAGAGAGGAAAAAAAGAACGAAAGAAAGAAGAAAUCGCCAGAGGGUAUUGAUAGGAGGGAACUUACGGAACUCCGAUCCUGGGGCCUGCCAGACAUCGAUUACGCUCAAUCCUGCCUUAUAGCACAUGAGGCGCACGUUGUCUUCGCCGUACUUGUGAGAAUCAAACCAGUCGAACUCUUCGCCUUUUUGGAUGAUGCGGCUCAUCUUCUUAAGCUUCACGUCUUUCUUGGCCCGGAAGAAGAAGCGAUGACGAGUAGUGGGCUCAUCCUCCAAUUGUGCGAGGAGUUCCCAAUCUUCCUCACGAAACCAUUCCUCACCUGCCAGACGGUUGGCAUGCUUGAAGCCAUUCAAGAAGAACUUGUGAUAAAGGCCAUCGCAAGAGUGGUAGGCGUUCCAGAUCUUCUCCUUGUUGUUGGGAAGAGUGUGACCGUCCAUUCCAAUUAGAAGCAGGUCGUCAGAUCGCAGGGCAUCGGCCCAGAACUUCAGGUGAGAAAGUGCUUCAGGCCAAGGAUCGUUGCAGAGCACUGAACCUAGCGAGAGGAAGAGACGUGGUGUCGAGAUCUUUUGGAUAUAGCUCAUGCCAUCGCCAAAGGUACCCCAGAUACCAGCACAGGUCACUGAAGACUCAGGGCUCGGAUGCUGCUCCACCAGGUAUUUGACAUUGUGAUUCAGCGACGAUCUGGAAAUGUCCAAUGCGAGGUACUUGGCGGGAACCUUGCCCUUUUCAAAGGCUGCGAGAAGGUGGCCAACCUUGCGAGUGUCACUGGAUGGGGUCGUGUUAGUAUGGACAGGAUCGAUAAUUGUGACACCAGCUGGGCAUCGUGCAACAACAUCAGCGCCAUGCUCAUCAAACAAGGCAAUCUCGUCAUGGGUCUGGUAAAAUUCAGGGGUGAAGAUGAUCUGAUUCCAGAUCGGCAACCCGACAUCGUCGUACAGUAAUUCGUCGGGCAGCGUGGGUUUGGAGGUUGGAGAGUAUGGAGCCGUGAGGGCCUCUUGCAAUCGCUUGCCAACGCCGUCGUACAUGUUGCUACCGCCGAUAUCGACUACGGCUCCGUGCGAGGAAGCAUCAUUCUUGGGAUCCAUCACGGCAAUCGAAGGACAUCAAUCAAUCCAAGCAUUCGUUUUCCCAAUGUCGCUAUGCAAGUUCGGAGGAGUGUGUGACUAUAUUUUCAAGGUUAACAGGGUCCUGCACGCACAACAAUUCCACGGCUCUGGGUCGACAAUACCACUCAGCAAGAUUCCAGAAAAAGAAGCGCGCGCUGUGGAACGGUAUGUUGCAGCACGGCACGAUACGAUAUGGCAGUGUUGUAUUCAAGAAUGAGUUUGUGGGAAGGUAUUUGCGGUUGAGAUCGUCUACAACAAACCUCGAUGCUAGCGAGUGAAGGAGGAAGAGAUUGCGAUUCAAGGCACGCUCUUCCCGACUUUAUACCCGGCAAGCAGAUGCGAGAAGGCGGUUACUGUGAUUACUACCGCUGUCAAUUUACUGGUAGACACCGGCCAAUGCUACCGGCUGUCACUGCUCAAUGGAGACGGCCGCCCAGGGAUGAGUCGAAUAAGGGCCGCAGACGACAGGAAUAUGUGAGGGCGGACGAGACAGGCAGGCAGGCAAGGGCCGUGAUAUGAUUUGAGUCGAUCUGAUUCGAGACGAUUCAAGAGAAAAGGAGAGAGGAUUGCCGUUGUGGCAGCGUGGAUCCUGUCUGUUGAAACAAAGCAGCGCAAUGCUGAUUGUGUUUUUUUCUUGCCCUUGUGGUGACGUUUUGACAGCUCAACGUCAGUGCAUGCUAGGCAAUGCAGCUUGGUCUGCUGCUGCUGGAUAACACGCCCAUACCCACAGCUAUACCCCAGUACUUGGAGCGUGUUUGGGUGCGUAAGGUGGUAGAAUAAAAUGGGAUAGAUCUUGGCCAUGUCCCAGACCUGACCAGAAGUGGUUCAUCCUACAUUAGGGCGAGAGCGUGGAGGGUGACAUUCUCAUGCUUCGACAUUGACAUCCCCACCAUAAUAAGACAUGGGGUUCCGGUAUGUGCUGGGGAAGUUAUCAAGACCCUUGUUUUCGCUCUUUAGAGCUGCGUGCUUUCUUUUUUCUUCUCCUGUCGGUACUGGAAAUCAAUUUAUAGUGCUGUUUACCUUGUUUCAUGUGUCUCG